ACAAAACCCUAAUUUUCAGAAGUAGCGGGACCCCGGCUUCUUCCAAAACCGUUGCUUGCAAGAGCAAGCGAAACCCUAGUUUUCGAAGAUCUAGUUCUCUGCAACUUCUCCUUUUCGUGACAUCAAAGCUCCAAUCAUGCCUUUCAAGCGAUACGUGGAAAUUGGGAGAGUUGCUCUUGUGAAUUAUGGAAAGGAUUAUGGAAUGCUUGUUGUGAUUGUGGAUGUUAUCGACCAGAAUCGGGCUUUGGUUGAUGCUCCCAAAAUGAUUCGGACACAAAUGAACUUCAAGCGGCUUUCACUGACCGAUAUUAAGAUUGAUAUUCCUAGGGUGCCGAAAAAGAAGUCUCUGAUUGCAGCAAUUGAAGCAGCUGAUGUGUACAAGAAGUGGGAGAACAGCUCAUGGGGAAGGAAGCUGAUUGUGCAGAAACAGAGAGCAUCCCUCACUGAUUUCGACAGGUUCAAGGUCAUGCUGGCGAGAAUCAAGAGAGCUGGCUUGAUAAGGCAAGAGCUAAGUAAAUUGAAGAAGCAAAGCGCCAGCUAAGUGCUUGAGGGAAAAUUUUGUUUGCUGCAUUUCUAUUAUUUUCUGGUGAUUUUCAAUGUUUUGUAGAACCUUUCAAGCGAGUAUUGUGGAUCUCUCUUUCCUGGACCUCUGGUUCGUUUAUGGAAGUUAUUUUUUUUAUGGAACUUGACUAAGAGCCUCAAUGGUUGUGGCCUUAUUUUAUUUGGAAAAGCUUUGCAGUUUUUUCCGUUU